UGCAAGAUGGCUCCUCAUAUAAAAACAGUCUUCUGGGUCGCCCACAACGUGCAACAAAAUAACUCUUUAUACCUUAUCAGGGUGAAGUAUUUAUCCACGACUAGUUCCGAAGGGUAACUCGAGCUACAGAUUGAUGUGCGUAUGGUAGGCGGCGAUAUUUGGUGGGAGAAGAAAGAAGAAGAAGAGACAACAGGGGAGAAGUUUGAAGCCAUGAAUCGGUGGUGAAGACGGUCGGGGUGGUGAGGAGCACACAGCCCGGGCCUCCGCCAGCCAGCUAGCCGCUAGCUCAUGACUUCAUCUGGCGUUAUAAGCCACACUGGAACUACUAACCCUCAAGGUGGAAAAAAAUCUCGAAUUACCGGCUGCAUUUUGAAUGUGGGACGUGAAAGGUCAUACCUACCCUUGACAUUAUCGACCACCCAUGGCUGUAUCAAGACUUGACCGUUUGUUCAUCCUGCUUGACACCGGCACAACCCCAGUAACCAGGAAGGCAGCAGCCCAGCAGCUUGGAGAUGUAGUGAAACUCCACCCACAUGAACUCAACAACCUCCUGUCGAAGGUUUUGACCUAUCUAAGGAGUCCCAACUGGGACACCCGUAUUGCAGCAGGCCAAGCCGUAGAAGCCAUUGUGAAGAACAUCCCAGAGUGGGACCCGGCCCCUAAGCCAAAAGAAGAGUCCUGUGACGACUUAUCUCCAGAGGACUCCGCUUGUGAUCGCUUGAGUUUCUACCACUUUGACAUCUCCCGCCUCCUCAAACACGGGGCCUCUCUGCUGGGAUCUGCUGGGGCUGAGUUUGAGCUGCAGGAUGACAAAUCUGGUGAGGUGGACCCUAAGGAGCGCCUGGCACGUCAGAGGAAGCUCCUCCAGAGGAAGUUGGGUCUGGACAUGGGUGCCGCUAUUGGCAUGGACACGGAGGAGCUUUUCAAUGACGAGGACCUGGACUAUACCUGCCAAUCCAGUGGGCCCAGAGCCCACGGAGGCAAGGCCACACCUGGAUCCAGCUCUCGCAACCAUGUGACCAUGCAAGCUGCUGAGUUGAUAGACUCUGAAUUCCGGCCAGGCAUGAGCAAUCGUCAGAAGAAUAAGGCGAAGAGGAUGGCUAAACUAGUGGCAAAGCAAAGAUCUAGAGAUGUAGAUCCCAAUGAAAAAAGUAAUGACAGUUUUGAGGGUGAACCAGAGGAAAAAAGAAGGAAAACCACCAAUGUAGUUAUUGACCAACCGGCAACAGAGCUUAAAGUCUUAAUCGAUAACGUUCCAGAUAACUCCAGCCUCUUGGAGGAGACACUUGGCUGGCCUCUGGAGAGCUUCUGUGAGGAGCUCUGCAAUGACCUCUUCAACCCAUCAUGGGAGGUCCGUCACGGUGCAGGCACAGGUCUCAGAGAAAUCCUCAAGUCCCAUGGUGCUGGGGGUGGAAAGCUGGUGGGAUGCACUGCAGAACAGAUGUCACGGCAACAUCAGGAGUGGUUGGAGGACCUGGUCAUCCGACUGCUUUGUGUAUUCGCUCUGGACCGCUUUGGAGACUUUGUAUCUGAUGAGGUGGUGGCUCCUGUCAGGGAGACGUGUGCCCAGACGCUGGGUGUGGCCCUCCGCCACAUGACUGAAAAUGGUGUUUCCAUGACCGUGGACGUCCUGCUGAAGCUGCUAACUGAGGACCAGUGGGAGGUCCGUCACGGAGGUUUGCUGGGGAUCAAGUACGCCCUUGCUGUCCGACAGGACCUGAUCUCUCUGUUACUGCCGCGUGUGCUCCCUGCCAUCACCGAGGGCCUUCAGGAUCUCGAUGAUGAUGUGAGGGCUGUGGCAGCUGCAGCCCUUAUCCCUGUGGUGGAUGGUUUGGUACAGCUCCUGCCCAAUAAGAUCCCUUUCAUAGUGAACACAUUAUGGGAUGCUCUCUUGGAGCUGGACGACCUCACAGCCUCCACCAACAGCAUCAUGACCCUGCUGUCCUCGCUGCUGACCUACCCCCAAGUCCGACAAUGCAGCAUGCAGCAGUCAUUAACAGUCCUGGUCCCUCGGGUUUGGCCGUUCUUGAGACAUACCAUAUCAUCAGUAAGACGAGCAGCCCUAGAAACGCUUUUCACACUGCUGUCGAAAGCUGACCAGAGCUGUGCGCUGUGGCUCAACCCGAUUCUGCAAGAUAUGCUGCGGCACAUCUUUCAGUCCUGCAUACUGGAGAGCAAUCAGGAAAUCCUCGACCUCAUUCAAAAGGUGUGGAUGGAGCUGCUGCGCCAGGCUCCCCAGCAGUAUGUGGUAGCAGCCAGCUGUCCAUGGAUGGGCGCCUGGCUCUGUCUCAUGAUGCAGGCCUCCCACAUUCCCAUCGACCUCAACAUGCUGCUGGAGGUCAAGGCCCGCUCAAAGGAUAAAGCUGGUACAAAGGUGCGUCAGGGGACCAAUCAAGUGAAGGAGACGGUCCAGGAGUAUAUAGCGGGCGCGGAGACGGUGACAGACGACCCAGUGACGCGGGACUAUGUGGUGGUUCGUGCUCGCCUCAUGGCUGCCAAAUUGCUGGGGGCUCUGUGUAGGUGUAUCUGUGACCCUCAACUCAACGCGGCAUCGCAGGAGAUCCGACCGGCCGAGUCUUUGGGCCAGCUGCUGCUCUUCCACCUCAACUCUAAGUCUGCCCUGCAGCGCAUAGCCGUGGCCCUGGUGCUCUGCGAGUGGGCCACACUGCAGAAGGAGUGUCAAGUGGUGUCAGCCAUGGUGCAGCCUCGUCUUUUGGCCAUUCUCUCAGAGCACCUGUACUACGAUGAGAUCGCAAUCCCCUUCACACGCAUGCAGAACGAGUGCAAGCAGCUCCUGGCCCUGCUGGCUGAUGCCAACGUAGACCUUCGAGACCGCCUCAACUGCAGCGUUUUCACCAUUGACCAAGCAAACGAGCUGGUAACCACCAUCUUCACAGAGUCAACAGCGGGGCUGAAGGUGAAGUCUGAACAGUGGCAGGCGUUGGACAGUAAACGGCAGCAGGCCCAGGCUACAGUGAUGGAAACGAGUACAGAAUGGCAGCAGCUCCAUCUGCGUGUCCACAUGAUCACAGCCUGUGCUGUGAUCAACCUGCAAGUUCUUCCUGACAAGCUCAACCCGCUGGUCAGGCCUCUGAUGGAUGCUGUCAAGCGGGAGGAAAACACUCUGGUCCAGGGCUACGCUGCCUCUUUCCUCGCCAAGCUGCUACAGCAGUGUGCUGGACGCUCCCCCUGCCCCAACCCCAAGAUCAUCAAAAACCUCUGUGCCUCGGCCUGUGUGGAUCCCAUGGUCACCCCCUCCUCUGCUUGCCCUGUACCCCCAACACAGGAACCUGCUAAGCCUGGUGGGUCAGAGAAAGACUGCAUGCAUCACAUGGUCAACAAAACUCGAGGUAUCAUCACCCUGUACCGCCACCAGAGGGCAGCGUUUGCUAUCACCAGUAAGAGGGGCCCAGCCCCUAAAACCCCCAAGACUCCCACCACGGAGCUUCCACCUGGCAGCACCAUCAGCACUGAUAAUGAUGAGAGCAAGAAACCAUGUCUUAUUCAGAGACGAGGGGCUGAGUUUGCACUGACCACCAUCGCCAGGCACUUUGGUUCAGACCUCACCAGAUCAUUGCCGUACCUGUGGGAGAACAUGGUGGGGCCGUUGAGGACAGUGGUGAAUGAAAACCAAGUCAUCGAUGGGAAGGUCCAGCUGGAGAGGGGAGAUGCAGCAGCUCAGGAUCUGGUUAACUCUCUGCAAUUGCUGGAGGUCACGGCAGGGGCCAUGGCUCCUGAGCUCAAACCUUUGCUGUUGGAGCACCUACCCCAUCUGUUCACCUGCCUACAGCACCCGUACACAGCGGUGCGUCACAUGGCGGCACGCUGUGUGGGCGUGCUCAGUAAGAUAGCCACGUUGGAAACUAUGAACCAGUUCCUUGAGCGAGUGCUGCCCUGGUUAGCUGCUAUUGAAGACUGCACCAAGCAGGAGGGCUCCAUCGAGGCCAUGGCCUGUGUGAUGGAGCAGCUCGAUGUGGAAAUCGUACCCUACAUUGUGCUGCUGGUGGUGCCGGUACUGGGCCGCAUGAGUGACCCCAGUGACAGCAUUCGCUUCAUGGCCACACAGUGUUUUGCCACACUCAUCCGCCUACUACCCCUCGAGGCAGGAAUACCAGACCCUCCUGCGAUGUCUGCCGAUCUGAUUCGCCAGAAGGCCCGAGAGCGCCACUUCCUGGAACAACUGCUAGAUGGCAGGAAGUUGGAGAACUACAAGAUCCCUGUGCCCAUUAAGGCUGAGCUCAGGAAAUACCAGCAGGAUGGAGUAAAUUGGCUGUCCUUCCUGAACAAAUACAAGCUACAUGGGAUCCUGUGUGACGACAUGGGCCUCGGCAAAACGCUGCAGUCUAUCUGCAUUCUGGCUGGAGACCACUACCUCAGGGCACAGGAGUAUGCAAAGACCAAGGCAGCAGACUGCAGCCCCCUGCCCUCCCUGGUAGUGUGUCCUCCCACCCUGACAGGCCAUUGGGUGGACGAGGUGGGCAAGUUCUGCACCAAAGAGUACCUCAACCCGCUGCACUACACAGGGCCGCCCACGGAACGAGUGCGGUUGCAGCACCAAGUCAAAAAGCACAAUCUUAUAGUAGCCUCAUACGAUGUUGUACGAAAUGACAUAGACUUUUUUAGAAAUAUAAAAUUCAAUUACUGUAUCCUUGACGAGGGCCAUGUUAUUAAGAACGGGAAGACAAAACUCUCCAAAGCCAUCAAGCAGUUGGCUGCCAAUUUCAGAGUCAUCUUGUCAGGAACACCCAUCCAGAACAACGUCCUGGAGCUGUGGUCAUUGUUCGACUUCCUCAUGCCAGGCUUCCUGGGUACAGAGCGCCAGUUUGCUGCUCGUUACGGCAAACCCAUCCUGGCCAGCCGCGAUGCCAAGAGUUCCUCACGGGAACAGGAAGCUGGUGUCCUGGCCAUGGAGGCUCUACAUCGGCAGGUGUUACCGUUCCUCCUGAGGAGGAUGAAGGAGGACGUCCUCCAGGACCUUCCUCCGAAAAUCAUUCAGGACUACUACUGCAACCUGAGUCCUCUACAGGUUCAGCUGUAUGAGGACUUUGCCAAGUCUCGAGCCAAGGUCAGUGUGGAGGACACGAUCUCUACAGCCUCCAUGCAGGAGGAGGAGAAACCCAAACUGAAGGCCACAGGCCACGUCUUCCAGGCUCUGCAGUACCUGAGGAAGCUGUGUAACCACCCGGGCCUGGUUUUGACCUCACAGCACCCAGAAUACAAACGAAUCACUGAGCAGCUAGCAGCACAAAACUCGAGCCUACGGGACAUCCAGCACGCACCCAAACUCUCAGCACUUAAACAGUUGUUGUUGGACUGCGGUCUGGGUGGUGGUGGCACGUCAGAGGGCGGCACCGAGGCCGUGGUGGCCCAGCACCGUGUGCUGAUCUUCUGUCAGCUGAAAAGCAUGCUGGACAUUGUGGAGCACGACUUGCUGAAGCCCAAACUGCCUACUGUCACCUACCUGAGGCUGGAUGGCAGCGUGCAGGCUGGCCUGCGCCACUCCAUAGUCUCCAGGUUUAACAACGACCCCUCCAUUGAUGUGCUGCUUCUGACCACCCAUGUUGGCGGACUCGGUCUCAACCUCACCGGCGCAGACACCGUGGUGUUUGUUGAACAUGACUGGAACCCAAUGAGGGACUUGCAGGCCAUGGAUCGUGCUCAUAGGAUAGGACAGAAACGCGUGGUGAACGUGUACAGGCUGAUCACACGAGGCACGCUGGAGGAGAAGAUCAUGGGCCUGCAGAAAUUCAAGAUGAGCAUUGCCAACACGGUCAUCAGCCAAGAGAACGCCAGUCUGCAGAGCAUGGGCACUGACCAGCUCCUCAACCUCUUCACUCUGGACAAGGAUGAGAAGUGUGAGAAGGGCGAGUCGUCGGCGUCAACCUCAGGGAAGGCCUCUAUGAAGUCUGUGUUGGACGGCCUGGGCGAGUUAUGGGACCAGCAGCAGUACGACACGGAGUACAACCUGGACAGCUUUAUGCACUCACUGCAGUAACUGUGUGAUGCUGCAGUCGGACCCCGUGCAGCCUCCUCCCAUCAUCCCACCUGCUAGCCCAGUGGGACGUGGUCAGAAACCCCCCUGCGAAUCAGACUGUGGCGAUUAUCUGUCCCUGGCCCAAGUCCCUCCCUCCCUCCCUCACACACACACACACACACACACACACACACACACACACACACACACACACACACACACACACGCACACACACCUCUCAGACAGUAACGUAAAGACAAGUGUAAUACAUUUGCCACUAUCAGUGACAAUGUUCCCAAAGCAAUAACUAUCAAAACACAACCCAAUCAAAAAUACAUCUGUAUUUUGUUGCUCUCAAAGCGAUAGUGUAUGCAGCAACAAUGAUACGGCAUUUACAGCCAGAAGAGUCACUUCUGAACAGUCAGAUAUCUCUCAUUUCCUUGUUGAACCCGAAUCACCCUGAUUUCAAAUGACAUGAUCUGCAGAGUUACUAAGAGGAUAUGAAAUGUAAUGCUGAUGCACCCACCUGUGACACGCAGCUCCACGGCUGGCUCACAUCUCAUCGAGUGAUGCAUCCACUUUGGUUACAUUAACAGUAACAGCACCACUGUGCAGAGCAGGGUUGCUGUACACAUUGUGUUGUGAUUAUAGUUAUCCUUUAUAGUUACAGUGCCAGGUGCUAGCUUAACGUCCCGCCGCCCUCCUCCCAUGCCGUAUUGCAACAGUGUUAACCGCUUCAGACAUAAUUACCCUCACGCCCCUCCUCCCUCAUGUCUGUGGCUCCCCUACAAAUAGUCUUAAACCACUGCUAUAUCCAGCCACACCUGUCAACGUUUCAAGGACUUGUGGAUACAAAACAUGUUUUUGUAUGACAAAGGGAACGAGGGAGGGCUGAUCGGCUUGCUAGAGAAACUGCACGCUGUGCCCGCGGUGCUCAAGCUUUUCAUAGCAGGCUGUGCGCCGGGUAGGGCGAGCUCGUCUGGGAGGUGUUUAGGAAAUGUGCAAUGACUCCCAUCCUUCAGAUGGCGCUGCUCUACGCUCACUCACACACACACACACGCACACACAGGAGAGCACAUUUACAUGACUUUUGUGGCUGUGGAAGGAGGUUGGGGUUUCAUUUCCACGGGAGGAGAAGUGGGAGAAUCAGCUGUGUACGACUCCAAACGUGGUGGAGAAGUGACUCGGAGACGCUCUGCACUGAAGCAGCAUUACAGGGACUGAAACUUGGGGCCAAGCUGAAGCUGGCACCUGAGACUUGUCACAAAAGUAUUUUAACAAUAAUACACACUUGUAAAUAUUUCUGUAACUGCUGCUUUUUUGUUUAAGAUGGUGGAAUUGUAAUAAAUUCUACAGACCUUUGAA